AUGAGGUCCUCGAAGUCUCCUUUUAAAAGGAAGUCUCACAGUCGUGAGACAUCACACGAUGAAAACACAUCGUUUUUCCACAAGAGAACAAUAUCCGGUAGCAGUGCUCACCAUUCUAGAAACGUCAGUCAAGGUGCAGUACCCUCUUCCGCACCACCUGUUUCUGGUGGAAAUUAUUCGCAUAAGAGAAACGUGUCGAGAGCUUCAAAUUCCUCUCAAACUUCGAAUUUUUUAGCCGAACAAUAUGAAAGGGAUAGGAAAGCCAUAAUUAAUUGCUGCUUUUCCAGACCCGACCAUAAGACAGGUGAACCGCCGAAUAAUUAUAUUACACAUGUCCGGAUUAUAGAAGAUUCAAAAUUCCCUAGUUCAAGACCUCCUCCAGAUUCAAAAUUGGAGAACAAAAAGAAAAGACUCCUUAUUUUGAGUGCCAAGCCCAACAAUGCCAAGCUAAUACAAAUUCAUAAAGCAAGAGAAAACUCAGACGGCUCUUUUCAAAUUGGUAGAACUUGGCAGUUGACCGAACUAGUAAGAGUAGAGAAGGACCUGGAGAUAUCUGAAGGCUUCAUUCUUACCAUGAGUAAAAAAUACUACUGGGAAACGAAUUCUGCGAAGGAAAGAACUGUUUUCAUUAAAUCUCUAAUUACUCUAUACAUUCAAACAUUCGAAGGUCAUGUCCCUGAAUUGGUCAAUUGGGAUUUAUCCCUUUUUUAUCUUGACGAGAGGAGUUAUCAAAGAGCAGUCAUCACAAAUCGCCCCGGUUCCGUAUCUCCAAUAAAGUCACCUACAAGUAAUUUCACGACAAACACUACCCAAUCGGUGGGCUCUGUCCCCUUUUCAGCACCUACUGAGAGGACAAGAAGGUCUGAAACAGAAAGCGUUAAUCCAGUGUCAACGCCUGCAAGCGUGGAAUAUCAUGCAGGAAUGAAAUCUCUAAAUAAGGCCCCCUAUUCUUCCAAUUCGACAUUGAAUGAAGUGAAUAAAAGAUACGAGUUAGAGCAACAACAGCAACAAGAAGAGGCUGAACUGAGACGAUUAGAAGAGCAAAAAAGACUUCAGUUACAAAAGGAAAAUGAGAUGAAAAGAUUAGAAGAGGAAAGAAGAAUAAAGCAGGAGGAGAGGAAAAGGCAAAUGGAAUUGGAACACCAACGACAACUCGAAGAAGAGGAACGAAAACGUCAAAUGGAACUGGAGGCUAAAAAGCAAAUGGAGUUGAAACGUCAACGGCAAUUCGAAGAAGAGCAACGCCUAAAAAAAGAGAGAGAACUAUUGGAAAUACAGAGAAAACAAAGAGAACAAGAAACAGCUGAGAGAUUAAAAAAAGAAGAGCAAGAAGCGCUUGCUAAAAAGGAGGAGGAAGAAAAAAGUAAAAGAAACAAAGUAGACAAUGAAAGUUAUACUCAAGAAAUAAAUGGUAAGGUUGAUAACCUUUUGGAGGACUUAAACGCAGUUUUGGCGGAAGAAACAGAAACCACCCCUACUAUGCAAAAUGGUACUUACGUGCCCGAGAGAAGUACAGCUAGAGCUCAUGACCAAUUAAAAAAACCACUAAAUAUUGCCAAAGUUGAGUCACUCGGUGGAAGCGAUUUGAAUGACUCGAUCAGUUUGAGUGACGAGAUAGCAGGUUUGAAUACAUCUAACUUAUCAGGAGAGGACCAAGAUGAGAAGAACGAUCUUUCGUUCGAGAAGGGAGAUGAGGUUAGGUAUAGCAAUAAUUUUGAAGGUGAAGCUCCUCACGUGUACCAUGAAGUGUCAAUUAUUCAAGAAGAAGCACCUGCCGUUUCGCAGAAAUUAAUCCUUCCGGAAGAGAAUAACGAAUCUGAAGCGCUGAUUGAAUCUAAAGAGGAGAUAAAAACGAUGGAAAAUAUUGACGAUGAGGUUUUAUUAGAAAUAUUAACAGAUAUCAAUUGGUCCAUUGAAGACGAUGCUGAUAGUAUGAUUGAAAGGAUUGACUUAAGAUUGGCGGAAACGGAAUACUUAUUCAACCAAAAUUUAUUAUCUUUGCAAAAAAUUGGGCCUAAUAUCCGCCCCUACGAAGACAAGGUCAAUGACGAAUGUCAUCGCAUAAUCCCCACUCUCUCUUUAUUCUUGAUGGAAAUGAGCAAUUUUUCUAAUGAUAUCGAAAACGUAGAGAGCCAAGAUAACGGAUUACAAGUUGAAAGUGCUAACAAGAAACUUCUAUGGAACACACUUGAUGAACUUUUGAAAACUGUAUCUCUUGAUGAAAUUUCCCUAAAUCAGUUAUUAGAAUGUCCAAUAAGAGAGAAGAACUUGCCAUGGAUGGAAAACCAAUUGAAUUUAUUAUUAAAAGCAUUUCAAGCAAUAGGCAGCGAUGGAAAUGAAGUAGAAUAUAAUCUAAGAGAAAUUUCCGGACUAAAGCAGAGGCUACAGUUUUAUGAGAAAGUUACCAAGAUAUUUCUUAACAGAAUUGUGGAGGAAAUGCAGAAGAAAUUCUCAAAUAUACGUGGACAAGAUAUCUCACACGAUCAAAUGAUUAGAAUUUUGACGACUUUAUUGAUAUUUUCUCCUUUAAUACUGUUCUGUAAAGAAAUUUCACAAAAAUCGUAUCAAGCAAUUGUGGAAAAUUGGAACGUCAGUAUUCAACCAGUAUACAUGGAGUUAUGGACUAAGAAAAUAUCACAAUUACAAGGCAUUGACACAAAUGAUGAAAAAAUGAAUGAGCUGAGCUUAAGCCAGUUACUAAAUGAAUGGGACACAUUUAGAAAAGAGAGAAAAACAAAUGAUAUCAACCCGGUUUUCAAGAAUAGUUUUUCUCUUCUUACCGAGUGCCUUCAAACCAUGAGGCAAGAAUGUAUUGUUUAUCAAAAUUUUGUCGAAGUGUUCUUUCAUAUAUCUUCAAAGCAUAAUUUCGAAGAAUACAUUAAACAUUUCAAUGAUCCAGAUGCUCCUCCAAUAUUAUUAGAUACUGUGAAAGUAAUGCAAUCUGAUAGAGAAGCAGCCGUUAUUGAAACCCAGUUGGUCUCAAGAAUAUUCCAACCUAUUGUCACUAGGCUGUCCUCAUAUUUUGUAGAAUUAGUGAAAGCCGAACCAACGGUAGCCCCAGCCUUAACUUUUUACUUGGAGAAUGAAAUUAAAAGCUUAGAAUCAUCCAACCAUGAAUUUUUAUUGUCUGCAGUGACUAGAAUGUACACACAAAUAAAACAAGUGUGGUCUGAUAAUGUAGAAGAGCAGGUUUUGCACUUCGAAAGAAUUUCUAACGCAACCACCAAUGGAGAAAUUCUUCCAGGUAUACUUGAUUUACCAGUAGGCUUGAAGAAUUCAGAAGAUUUGUUCCAAUUUGCUAAGAGGUCUAUGGAUAUUAAAGAUACCGAUGAAGGCUACGAGUCCAUCGAAUUAAUGAAUUCGAGCUUCAGGAAGCUAAGCAUAGCUGCCACACGAUCGAUAACUCACAAAGAAGUUAAUUCAAGCAUUAAUCCAAACCUUUCAGAUACUGCUGCUUUAAAUAAUGACUAUAUGGAAACUAUUUCUCUCCUAGUGAACAGUAACUGGCUAACUGAAAUGCUUUCCAUGUUAAACUUCAAUAAGGAUGGUAUAUUUGAUACGUCAUUGCAAAACGUUAAGAAAGUUUUCGAUGUGGAAAAAGAAUCUUAUGCUUCCUUUCUACUCCGCGAUACUAUGCCUAAACUAACAGCCUUUGUUUAUGGUGUGAGCAACAUCAUUGAAAAUACCAACAAUGUGAACAUGACCAAUCCUUCAAGAUGGGCCGCAUAUAGCAGGCAGAACCUAGAGAACAUUCUUUUAGCAUACACUUCCCAUGAAAUUGAAACUCUAGUAAAAAGGCUGCACACUCAUAUGGUAAAUGACUUCGGUUACCACCAAGAAAAUGCCAUAAACAACGUCCUAUGCGAUAAGUUGUGGUCGUGCAUUCAAGGUCAAACCGUCUCACUAUACUUGAAACUAUACACUGUAAUUGAUAAACACUAUAGAGGGACAAACAUACGCUUCACGAAGAACGAUAUCAUAAGUGCGUUCGAGGAAUACAAGAAUGCCUAA